GCCCGCCUCCCCGGGCGGAGAGCGCCCGGCCCGGCCGCCUCUUUCCCCCCCUCCCCAUCCCCUUCCCUCUCCCUUCCCUUCCCUCCCGGCCCCGCUGCCAGGGGCGAAGCCGCCCGCCGGGCCCCCGCGGCCUUUUUUUCUUGGAUUUUAGUACUGGCAAACUCUCUAAUGACAACUUUGCUUAGGAGCUGAGCAUCGUGUCCUGCCCUGCUCUUCCCUGUUCAGUGUGGGAACGACCUGAAGGACAUCUUGGAGCCACCUGUACUGCUUCAUGCAGUUAAAUGUUCUGAGGUCAUGAAACUUAAUCCACAGCAAGCUCCAUUAUAUGGUGACUCUGUUAUUACAGUGCAGCUGACUGAGGAAGAUAAAGUUGAAGAUGAUGUAGUUUUUUACUUGGUCUUCACUGGGUCAACUGUCCAACACUGCACAAGCACAAGAAAGAUUAAUCCUGGAAGUCUGGAGACAAUUUCUCCUGGCCAUGACUGCUGUGAAACAGUGAAGGUGGUACUUUGUGCCUCUAGGGAAGGUCAUCCUCUUCUGGUUGUGGCAGAAGAGAGUUUCCAGUUUGUCCAGGAUGAAGCCUAUGAUGCUGCCCAGUUUCUGGCCACCUGCGCUGGUAACCAGCAGGCACUAAACUUCACUCGGUUCUUGGACCGGUCAAGACCACCUGUGGCAGACGUGGACUUUUUGGAUGAGAAAGUGGCUUUGGCAUUUCGACACCUGAAGCUGCCGGCAGAAUGGAAUGUGCUGGGACCAGACCAGUCCCUGACCGAGAACAUCCCUCGGGAAACACUGAUGCAUUUUGCGGUGAGGCUGGGUCUGCUGCGGCUGACGUGGUUUCUGCUCCAGCAGCCGGGAGGAAGAGGAGCUCUCAGCAUCCACAACAACGAAGGGGCAACACCCGUGAGCUUGGCCUUGGAGAGGGGCUACCAGAAGCUGCACCAGCUUUUGACAGAAGAGGAAGCCAGGGAACCGGAGUCCUGGAGCACCUUGUCUCACACCGUGCACUCGGGCGACUACAGCGUGAAGCACCAUCGUGGGCUCGAUGUUUACAUGCUGACGGCUGAAGCCAGGGAAGGGGUAGCAGCCAGCUUGGAGAGUGACAUACGGCACCUUCAGAUGCACAUGCAGAGCCACCAGCACUUGAGUUUAAGGCAGCAGACAGAGCCUGUAUUGGGAGAUUCUGGAGACAGCUGUGCUGAAGGAGCAGAGCCAGAUGGUCACCCAACCACCACCUCUCAGAGCCUUGAAGAAAUGGCAAGAGAAGGAAGGCAGGAAAGUCCAUCUGAUCUUGUUCACCUGGACAUUGAGCAGCUCUCAGACCAAACCCCCCAGGAGGAGAAUUGCAACAGGAGGAGUUGGGGAGCUUCUAAUAAUGCGCCAAAUGACUCACCGAGCCUGGGGGAUGCAAAGAGACCAGAGUCCUUCUGUGAAAGUAAAAAUACAGUGACGUUGAGUAAAACGGAAGAGGAGGGGCCUACCUCUGCUGAAGGCUCUGGGACUAUAUCAGAUGAGAAAGGUUGCACAGUGAGCCUGUGUGCAAGCAUAAACGGUGCCGUAAAUCUUCCAUCCUGUGGAAAUACAAAUGAGGAAGCUGGAAUGACAUCUGCUGGAGUUGUUCUGGAUCAAGCUGGCUUGUGCAGUAAAGAUAGUCCCCAUCAGGAAGCACAAGCUGCCAAGGAGCGUGCAGCUGACAGUGCCGUUGCUGUGGUUCAAACUGCAGGCGAAGCCCCAGCUUCCUUGGAGGGUGUGGAUGUGGCUAUGGGCCAGACUGAAUGCAGGAACUGUACAGGGACGGCUGAGAGGGCUGCGGGCCAGCAGCGGGUAGAGGAUGGGAUGGCUGAGGCCGGUGAAAGGAGGACUGCAAACCUAGAAGAGUGGUCGCCAGCUAAGGACGAGUCAGACAGCGCUGCUCAGCCCUUACUCGGUGGUUUUAAUGGCACUGAGUGUGCAGAUGGGGAGGAUGCAAAUGUGGGAGCGUUGCCAGUGCGUGACAGUAUGAACACAGACAGUGGCGCUGGUGAUGUCUCGGUUGACCUUUGCAAGACUGGUGAUGACAAAGAGACUGGAGCAGACUCAUGCACUGAUCAGGUAAACAGUGGCUUCUUGGAAGGCCAAGGCGAUGCCCAUGUCAUCACGAGGCGGGAUGUCACUGCGAGCCCCGGGGCAGCAUUGCCAGCAGUGAAUGGGGUGAAGGUUCCUGGGUGUGCAUCAAAACCUGGUCCUGGUUUGGAAAUCCAUGGCAGCGGUAAGAGUGGGGAGCAAGAAGGGCAGAUGGAAGCAGGUUGCACAGAUGGGAAAUCCAGCUCGCCCUCACUGGAAGACAGUGUGGAAACGGAUGGCCCUGAUGCUAAACCUGAAAAUGGUGAAGUUGGUGGAUCUAAUCAAAGUAGUGCAGAACCUGUGUGUUGCCAAGAGAGCAGUAAAAUCACUGAACAUGCAGCUGAAGCAGUGAAGAGCAGUCAAGCCUGUGAAGAGAAGCCAGCAGGAACUGAUACCAGCAGCAGUGGAGAUGGAGGAAGCGCUGAUUCUGCAGGCGGAGGUCAGGAAGUUGCUAGCUGUCGCCCUUCUGAUCAAACUGUUGUUAAAGAUGAAAUGGACGACGGCUUCAAACUGGACACUGCUGAAAAGAGCAAACGUGAGCCUGCAUCGCUCCCUCCAGAGGAUGCAAGCACAUGCCUGGCAGAAAAAGAGCCUGCACAAACCGAAGUGGAGAUAGCAGAAGGUGCUUCGGAGCAGGAGGGGCUGAGCGGCGAGAUGAAAUCACUCACUCCCCUACCCAGAGGAGAGGGACUGGCUGUGAGUCAGGAGAGAGAUGCUGCAGUGGCACCUCCCGGGCAGGAGGCAGCUCUACAAGGCAAUGACCCUGGUUUAGCUACGUGUGCCAAGGGUGCAGACUGUGCGGAGGAUAAUUUAAUAGGCACACCCUCUGUAAUUCAUAAUGAAGAAUCUAAACAAAACCAGGAAGCGGUGGCGGCAGCAGGCUCGGCAGAGCUCGCCUGGCAGCACGGCGGGGAGCAUGGCAGGGUAGCUGCUGGAGCUGGCUGGCCUGGGGACCGUGCAGGGGACGUGGGCUCUCUGGAGCAGGGCCUCUCACAGCAGGGUGAAGGAGCCAAAGCUGAGCCCGAGCAGGAGGCUUGUGCAAGCGGCAGCGAGCAGCUUUUGUCAGAGGAACUUCUUGCUGCUGUUGUGAAACCCUCUGCCUGCAGUCAUGGGGGGCCUGUGGCAGGUGGCAGCGAUGUGAAUGCUGGGCUGAAAGGGACAGUCCAUGCUGAGGAAGCGUGCAAGGCCGGGGCAGUGGGUGCGGGAGAAGGCACCAUGCACGGACCUGCCUCAGCAGGUGAGUCACCAGGUCUGGAGAAUGGCCCUUGUCUAGAGGAGGGGUUGAACCAAGAACAUGAUCCCUGUCAAACCCUACAACAAAUCUCCCCGCUCAGCAGCACCCCUGAGUUAAAGGAUGCUUCAGAAACGGGAGCCCCGAGCGAUGCCGGUGAGGGUAAAGAAGCGUUAAGGCCGGUGACAAUAACCCCCGUUACAGCAUAUUUGGAAGAGCAGGGGGACACGGAAAGCGUGCUUCCCCGGGCAGCACUUCAGCCCAUUGCAGAAGAGCCCACGUGCGACAGCGACUCCAGCACCGACACCGUUUGUCUGGCCAGCGAGAGCGAUGCUGGUCCCACUGCGAAAGCAGCUCAGGGAGAGACCUUGGCUGAGCUGGACGGAAAGCAGAGCCGAGCGGUACCCGAAUCACCCUUCUUGCCAUGUUUGUGCCGUUUACAUGCAGUUGAGUCACUAGAAAAUGUGGAAGUAAAGAGUUUGGCUUCGGUAGAUGGUGGCUCUUCCCUGGAUAAAGUUGCUAAAAUGGUAAAAAGUUUUGAUGCGGUGGUUUUUGCAGCAGAGACACCUUGUUCCCCUGAAUUACCGGCUGUUGAAAAAGUGGGGCUUGAGCCCCAGCCUGCGGUGGAAGUAGGAGUGAGCCUUAAUGGAGAAGUGGAUCUAAGUUCCUCGACAAAGAGGAGGAAUGUCAACCUGGCAGUGCAACAAGCUGAGCCUGUUACAGGGAAGUUGGAAAUGAAAACUGAAGACGAGGUGGAUUUUCUGAGAGAGCAUGAUGAGAGCGCAGCUCGCGAGGAAGAGAUAAACCGUGAAAGCUGGUGUUCGCUGGAGCCAUGUCCUGAUUCUUCCCUGCUGGAGCGCAAACGGACGCGGGAGUCUCCAGAAUGUGAGAACUUCUUGGAGGAUGGGCUGAGUGGCAUCUGUGCCUCGUCACAGAGUGUGCUUAAAAGAGAGUCUGGGAGCGAGUCUGACCUCUUCCCCUUGCCUGGUGAUGGGAUGGAGGACCUUGUCUUUGGAAAGCAGCCUGAAGAGGAGCAGUCUGCAUGUGAUGUCACCAGCUCCAGUUCUUCUGCAGAUGACACCAUGUCCUUGGAGAGGAACUCAUCCCUGGGCAGCGACACAUCUCUUCCCUUCCCACCGAUGGUGAACUUCAUCCAGCCCAAGGACAGGCACAGCCUGGAUGGCAGCUGCACCAACAUGGUGGCCACAGAGGGAGGAGAGAAGGAAGAAGAGCUGGACAGUAUCACGGACGUUCCAACUCAUUCCUCUGUCUUACGAAACUCCAUGCGGCCACUGUCACCUUUCCGUCGACACAGUUGGGGCCCAGGGAAGAACGCCACCAACGAAGCAGAAAUAAAUCAGAGGAGUUCAAUGCGAGUUCUGGGGGAUGGUAUAAAGAAGCCUCCCAUUCAUAGGAGAAGUUUGAGCUGGUGUCCCUCUGGUGUACAGUUCAUUGCCAUGGGUCCUGACUUUACUUGUAGAAGUUACAGCCUAGAAGGCCUUGCUGGAGACUCUAGUGAGACCAAGAAGCCCUCUACAAACUUGGAGGCAGCUUCUCUGAGCUCAAAAGACCUCAGACGGAGUCCCCUUGCCAGCAGCAAUCAGUGCGGGUCCCUGGUAUUGCUCACUGAAGAACUUGAGCAAGGAGAAAUCAGAGACUACAAUCACCAGAUGCAUCAAACAUCGCAGCCACAAGGAUUUAAUUUCUGUUCUUCUGCUGUUUCAUCUCCACUGACCAAAUCUAUGUCUCUAAUGUCAAUCAGUAAACCAGUGCUGGACACCCAGGGCCGGACUCGACCAUCGAGACGAAUCUCCUUCUCCUUCAGCAUCUCUCCACUCAUUCCUAAGUCUAAAACUCUCUUUUCUAUUGGCUCUUCUUCCAGUGAUGAUGAGGAGGAGUUGGAUAGUUCGCAGGCAUUUGGCGGCCCCACGGGUUCCUCGGUUCAGAGCAUAUCUGAAGAGAGCAGCAGUGUCCCCACUGGUAAAAGUGUAACAAAAGUCAGUCGCACCUUCAGCUACCUCAGGAAUAAAAUGUCAAGCAGCAAGAAGAGCAAAGAAAAAGAGAAAGAUAAAGAGAAGACUAAAGAGAAGGACAAAGAUUCCAAGGAGAAGGAAAAAGAUAAGAAACUGCUAAAUGGACAUCUCUUCACUGCAACCUCUGUUGUAGCCCAGGCAACCUGUUACCACUGUAUGAAACCUUUCAAUAAGGAUUCGUACUACUGUGCAAACUGCAAUGCAAUUGUUCACAAAGGCUGUAAGGAGAGUUUUGCUUCUUGUGCAAAGGUCAAAAUGAAGCCACAGAGAGGGAUGCUGCAGGCACAUGAUACCUCUUCCUUACCCACAGUAACCAUGAGAAACAAAAGCUCACAACCGAAGGAGCGCCCUCGCUCUGCGAUACUUGCUCCUGAUGAAAACACCGUAACCUCAAUAUUCAAUAACAGGAGAUCACAACAGACUACAGCACUUUCAAAAAGUGUCUCAAUACAGAACAUUGCAGGAGUUGGGAACGAUGACAACUUAAUACAUACCUGGAAAUUCCUGUCACAGUCAACAGACUCCUUACAUAAAAUCAGCCGAGUGAAUGAAUCCAUGGAGUCACUGGUUGAUGAAGGUGCAGACAUGAAUGAAGGACAGCUGAUGGGAGACCUGGAAUUAGAUUCCAAGCAGCUGGAGGCAGAGUCCUGGAGCCAAGUAGUAGACAGCAGGUUCCUACAGCAGCAAAACAAAGACGUUGUCAAACGGCAAGAUGUCAUUUAUGAGCUAAUGCAGACGGAAAUGCAUCAUGUCCGCACCCUGAAGAUCAUGAAUGAUGUCUACAGUGCAGGGAUGUUAAAGGAACUGCAGUAUGAUCAACAGGUCGUGGACAAGAUCUUUCCCUGCCUGGAAAACUUGCUGCACAUCCACAGUCACUUCUUCCAGCGGAUUCUGGAAAGGAAGAAGGAGUCGUUGGCAGACAAAAGUGAAAAGAACUUUGUUAUCAAGAGGAUAGGUGACAUCCUAGUGAAUCAAUUCUCUGGCGAGAGUGCUGAGCGAAUGAAGAAAACAUACGGCAAAUUCUGUGGGCAUCACAAUGAGGCAGUAAAUAACUUCAAAGAUCUGUACUCAAAGGACAAGCGAUUUCAGGCAUUUGUCAAGAAAAAAAUGAGCAGCUCCCUGGUGAGGCGUCUUGGGAUUUCUGAAUGUAUCUUGUUGGUAACACAGAGAAUCACAAAGUACCCAGUCCUUUUACAAAGGAUACUGCAGUACACCAAAGAAAAUGAAGUGGAACAUGAAGACUUGACUCAGUCAUUAAACCUUGUCAAAGAUGUGAUUGCUGCAGUCAAUAGCAAAGUCAGCAAUUACGAAAAGAAAAUGCGUCUUGGUGAGAUUUACAACCGGACAGAUAGCAAAUCCAUCAUGAGGAUGAAGAGUGGCCAGAUGUUUGCAAGAGAGGACUUGAGGCAUCGGAAGCUCAUCCGAGAUGGGCCUGUUUCACUAAAAAAUGCAGCUGGCCGGUUAAAAGAAGUCCAGGCUGUUCUCCUCUCUGACAUGCUCAUAUUCCUUCAAGAGAAGGACCAGAAGUAUGUCUUUGCCUCACUGGACCAGAAAUCCACUGUGAUCUCUCUGAAGAAGUUGAUUGUACGAGAAGUGGCUCAUGAAGAAAAGGGUUUGUUCCUGAUCAGUAUGGGUGUAAAAGAUCCCGAAAUGGUGGAAGUCCAUGCCAGCUCCAAAGAAGAGCGUAACGGCUGGAUACAGAUUAUUCAAGACACAAUGAACACCAUGGAUAGAGAUGAAGACGAAGGAGUCCCUUGUGAGUCUGAGUUUGAAAAGAAAGUGUCGGAUGCGAAAGUGAGAGGACUGAAAGAACAACUUCAGCAGAAGGAUAAGCAGAUCCUCCUCUUGCUCGAAGAGAAGGCUAAGAUCUUCCGGGACAUGGCAGACAGUUCUGUGCAGGAGGACAUGCCAGGCUCCAGGCUGCUUUUCAGAGCCAACACAGAGGAGGCACCAAAAGGAGAGGCCAUUAUGAAAACUGCAAUAAAUGAAGUUGAACUGCUGCAAGACCUGGUGAACAGGAGCCUGGGCACCGCCCUGGGGCAGCAGGUCAGCAGCAGUGCCAUGGAACAAGAAGGAGGAGUUGGCCCCAUCUCUCUCCCGAGAAGGGCAGAGACUUUUGGAGGUUUUGACAGUCAUCAGAUGAAUGCCUCCAAGUGUGGAGCGAAAGAUGAAGGCGACGAUGCUCAGGACCUUCGGAGAACAGAGUCAGACAGCAUUUUAAAGAAGGGUGGAAAUGCUAAUUUGAUGUUCAUGUUGAAAAGAAAUAACGAGCAGGUCCUCCAAACCAUUACCAGCCUCCAUAAGCUGCUCAGUGCUUUGCAGGGUGUCGUGCUGCAGCAGGACACCUACAUCGAGGACCAGAAGCUGGCUCUGAGCGAGAGGGCUCUGACCCGAAGCUUCUUCCGGCCAACGUCGCUGCUGGAGCAGGAGAAGCAGCGUAACCUGGAGAAGCAACGCCAGGAGUUGGCCAACCUGAAGAAGCAGCAGACGCAGCACCAGGAGGAAAGGCGGAGGAGAGAGAAGGAGUGGGAAGCCCGGGAGAAGGAGCUGGCAGAGCAGGAGGCCCACCUGGCCCAGCGAGAGGAGCAGGUCCAGAGAGGGUGGCAGGAUCUUGAGCGGGAGCGAGAGGAGCUGCAGGUGAAGAAGGCCUCCUACCAGCUCGACCUGGAGAGGCUUCGCACGGCGCAGAAGCAGCUGGAGAGGGAGAAGAUGCAGUUCAAGCAAGACAUGGAGCAUUUAGCUCAAAUGCGGCAGGGGCCUGACCACAACCAGGUUUCAAAUCUACAUGAGAAACUUGGAAGAGUCCCCUCGCAGUCCAGCAUUGAUGACUUCUCCAAGCAGAAGAGCCCUUCCCUUCCUAAACAAGGGCACUUUGAUGCAGAACUGUCUGUCUCCCCCAAAAGGAACAGUCUUUCAAGGACACACAAAGAGAAAAGCACUUUCCAUUUGCUUAGCACAACAAACCAGACUAACAAGGCAGCUGAGGAACAGCCCCAGAUGCCUACCCGCCUCUUCAGUUUAGCCAAACCAAAGGAGAAGAAGGAAAAGAAGAAAAAGGGCAGGGGACAUCGCUCCCAACAGUCUGAUUCUCACUCAUCAGAAGCACCUCCAGAGGGUGAGGAGAUCUUCUGCUGAGCACGGACGAUUCCAUCAGUCACUCUCAGCAUUGAUACAAUGGACAUCUCCCUGCCCACUCCACAGCACGCUGCUGGUGCCUGCAUCUGACAAGCAUCUAGAGGUUUUAAAUAAAACAUGUUAUGAAGUCUGUUAA